AUGGCUGCUACGGCGCCAAAACAUAACGUCAAUGGCGUGGACCAGCAUAAAAACUCGACGAGCUUAGCUCUGGUGCACAUGUACCGAGACGUACACCGGAAAAACAAAGACCACGGCGCGCGAGCUGGUAGUAUCAUGAUGAGAGCGCUCGCAAUCCUCCUAGUGAUCACCACUGCGGCGACCUUGCCUCGCGUUGCGCUCGCGGCAAGCGAUGAUCGGCGCCGGACGAGCAUCCUGUGGCGCCGCGGGUCCAUCGCCGUGGGGGACGACGCCCUGGUGUCCCCGAGCGGCGACUUCUCGUGCGGCUUCCACCCCGUCGCCACCAACGCCUACGUGUUCGCCGUCUGGUUCACCGCCUCGGCCGAUCCGCGCACCCUCGCGUGGGCCGCCAACCGCGACGCCCCCGUGAACGGCAUGGGCUCCCGCGCCGAGCUUCUCGUGGACGGGACCCUGGUGCUGCGGGACUUCGACGGCCUGGCCACGUGGAGCACCAACACCAGCGGCACCGGCGCCGAUCGUGCGCAGCUGCUCGACACCGGCAACCUCGUCGUGUCCGACGCCACCGGCCGCACCCUGUGGCAGAGCUUCGACUGGCCCACCGACACGCUCCUCCCCGGGCAACUCAUCACGCGGCGCGCGCGCCUCGUGUCGGCAAAGGCGAGGGGCUCCACGUCCUCCGGCUACUUCAGCUUCUACUUCGACAAUUUCAACAUCCUCAACCUCGUCUACGACGGCCCGGAGAUCAACAUGAACUACUGGCCGGACCCCUUCAAAACGUGGGUGGAAAACAAGCGGACGGCCUUCAACAGCAGCCGACUCGGCCGCCUCGACGACCGUGGCCGCUUCUCGGCGACCGACAAUCUGCGGUUCGCCGCCUCCGACAUGGGCGCCGCCGGGCACAUCAUGCGGCGACUGACGCUGGACUACGACGGGAACCUCCGGGUGUACAGCCUCGACGUCGCCGGCGGCGGGGUCUGGCGCGCCACGUGGGCGGCGCUCUCGCGGCAGUGCAGCGUGCACGGGAUCUGCGGCCGGUACGGCGUGUGCGCAUACGGGCUGGCCGGGCCGGCUUGCGCGUGCCCCGAGGGGUUCGAGCCCAGCGACCCCGGCGACUGGAGCAAAGGCUGCCGGCGCUUGUUCGACAUCCAGUGCGGCGAGGACGUGUUCUUCGCCGAGCUGGCGAACGUGGACUACUGGGGGUUCGACAAAAAAUUCCGUCAGAAGGCCACCAUCGAUGAGUGCCGGCAGCUGUGCAUCGACGACUGCAGAUGCGAGGCGUUCGCCUACAAGAAGGGGGGAGGCGGCUUCUGCUACACGAAGAUCGCCGUCGGCGUCGCCAAGGGGCUGGCCUACCUGCACCACGAGUGCCUCGAGUGGAUCCUGCACUGCGACAUGAAGCCGGAGAACGUUCUGCUGGACGCCGACCUGGAGCCCAAGAUCACCGGCUUCGGCCUGGUGAAGCUGCUGAGCCGGGAAGACGACGCGUGCGGCAAGGCGCCGUCCCCUGUCCAGCUGGGAACGAGGGGGCACGUGGCGCCGGAGUGGGCGCUGAGCCUCCCGAUCACCGGGAAGGCCGACGUGUACAGCUUCGGCGUCGUGCUCCUCGAGCUGCUCCGUGGGCAGAGGGUCAGCGAAUGGGCGGCGGUGGAGGGCGUGCCCGGAGGUGAUCAGCAGGCACGCGUGAACCUACAGGAGAUCGUAGCGUGGUUCCAGGACCAGACGCUGGAAUGCCAAGGUGACCGGUCGGCGCCGUGGCUGGAGGAGUUCGUGGAUGCACGGUUGCUCGGCGACUUCAACCGCUUGCAGGCGGCGGUGAUGCUGGAGGUGGCUGGCUCGUGCGUGGAGGAUGAUCCCAGCAGGAGGCCGAACAUGAACGCCGUUGCGCAGAAGCUUCUCUCGGCGCAGGAUGUAGUAGGCUCGGUGUCCCUGCGCCGUGUGUGUCCGGUUCCUUCCCAAGGCAUCAGUAGUCUGCACUUCGUCUGAAUCUCUUGCGAUCAGUAAUCUGCCAACGAGAAGUUUGGCAAUGUUGCUACUACAAAGGUGUACUCCGUGGUAAGUGAGAUGGAUCGGAGGGGAUACUGUUUUAGGCUGGGCAUGUAGGAGUAACUUAGAUUUAGCACUUCAGCUACAUGUCAGCUGACUGGGUUUUAACUUUUGGGUCAGUUGACUUUUUUAAUCAUUGAUUGCUGCUCCAAGAUGCGUGCUAGUUAUUUCUUUUCUGUUGUGUGUGCUGUCCUAUAUUGGCCCGGACGUUUUUUGAUUGAUUCCUAUUUUGGGUCG